GUUUUCUUAGAUUGGCUUCUAUGAACAUAUCCAUUGCUGGGUCUUUUGCAUAAAUAUAAAUAUAUACGUUGUAUCCUAAUCUUGUAGUCAUCGGUUGCGAUCUCUUAAAAAUGGUUAAACCGUGUUGGAGACCUCGUGUUGACGAUGAUGCCAGCGGAAAGGUUGAUGGAUUGGUGUGGUACAAGGACUUGGGGAACCAUCUUUAUGGAAAGUUCUCAAUGGCUGUUAUUCAAGCCAACAAUUUAUUGGAGGACCAAAGCCAGCUUGAAUCAGGGCCUUUGAGCUCUUGCAAUUCAGGUCCUCAGGGAACUUUCAUUGGGGUAUAUGAUGGACAUGCUGGAAUUGAGGCUUCAAGGUUUAUCAGUCACAAUCUUUUCUCCAAUUUCAAGGCAUUGGUGUCUAAGCAGCAGGACGUAUCAGGAAACGUUAUUAAGAGAGCUUUUUCAGCAACAGAAGAGGACUUUGUUUCUCUUGUGAGAAAACAGUGGCUCAAUAGACCCCAAAUAGCAUCGGUAGGAUCUUGCUGUUUAGUGGGAGUUGUAUGCUAUGGACAGUUGUAUAUUGCGAAUGCUGCAGACUCUCGGGCAGUCUUGGGGAGAGCAGAAACAGGAAAACUGAGAGUUAAAGCCAUGCAAUUAUCUAGGGAGCACAAUGCAAAUAUAGAAUCUGUUAGAAAUGAACUUCGAUCUUUACAUCCUGAUGAUUCCCAGAUUGUUGUCUUGAAGCACAAAGUGUGGUGUGUCAAAGGCAUCAUACAGGUUUCAAGAUCCAUUGGGGAUGCCUAUCUUAAAAGGGCAGAAUUCAACAAAGAUCCUCUACAGUCCAAGUACAGAUCGGCUGAACCAUUCCACAAGCCAAUCCUCAGUUCAGAGCCAUCAAUCUUAGUCCAUAAACUCCAAUCAGAAGAUCAGUUCCUCAUAUUUGCUUCUGAUGGUUUAUGGGAGCAUCUUAGCAACCAAGAGGCUGUUGAAAUUGUGCAAAAUUUCCCUCGCCAUGGAAUAACCAAAAGACUCGCUAAAGCUGCACUUAAGGAAGCAGCCAAAAAAAGGGAAAUGAGGUAUUCAGAUUUGGAAAAAAUUAAACCAGGGUUGAGAAGACAUUUUCAUGAUGAUAUCACAGUCGUGGUUGUGUUCGUAGAUUCUCACAUAAUCAACAGAAGCUUGUCUAAUAGUUAUCCAUUUUCAAUUCGAAGAGGGGUCCCCAGCCCAACUGAGUUACAGUCAGCAAGAUUCAGUGCAUUACCUAGAACUACAAUUGCUAAAAUGUUCACUUAACAAAGAUUGAUUUUCUUUGAGCUUUACCUGAAACUCCAUUUAGAGAGCCAAGAUUGGCUCUGGUUGAUUUGGGCGCAGAAAAUUGGAUGUGAAAACAAAGUUAAAAUACAUGUUAUUGUAUAGAUAUUAAACCGAGCAACCAGUAGUAGCUUGUUUACCGUACCAAUCAAAAUUGUUGAUGUCAAGUAGAAAUAAUCGAUCAUAUAUGCUUCAUUGAUGUAAAGAUUGGUGCAGUAUUGCAGUCUUUAGAACUAAAAGUUAACCAAAUUGCUGAUCUACUGCUUCAACAAUGGCAGAGCCUACAAAUGCCUUUCUCUGCCGGAUUUUCAAAUAAUCUCCCAUAACUACAGGAAUGGUCCUCCAUGAACCGUGAUUCAAGGAUUUGGCCAGUAAAACAAAGCUUGAGUUUCCUCAACAGCAAACUGGUGACUAAUGCACAUUAGACCAUACAAAACAAAGCUGAGUUCCUACAUUUUCAUCCCAAACACAGCACCCAACUUUUGGGAAGACUUGAUUUUUUUCCCCCAUUUUCUAUAACCCAUAUUGUUAUUUUUCACCUUUACAUUGUAAUUGCUUCAAUCUUCAAUGAUGGCAUGCUGAUAGUUUUGUAAUCAUGUGAAGUGCAAAACAAAGAUUGCAUUAACAAAUGCUCAUAACAUUUUUCAUGACUCGCAAGCCUCUGCGCUGUAUCCAAUCCCACCCUAAUGAUAAAAGUAAAAUCAAGUG